CCGGCAAAACGUCAAAACAACGCAAUCCAUUCUGAAUCGUUUCGCGAAAAUAUCAUAAUUAUCCCAUUCAAUUUCACCGCAAUUGCACGGGAAAGGUGAUCAUCGCAGAAUGACCACUGAGGACUUUUAUUUGCGCUACUACGUGGGCCACAAGGGGAAGUUUGGCCAUGAGUUCCUCGAGUUUGAGUUUCGUCCCGACGGAAAGCUGAGGUACGCCAACAAUUCCAACUACAAGAACGACACGAUGAUCCGCAAGGAGGCUUAUGUCCACCACUCGGUGAUGGAGGAACUGAAGAGAAUCAUUGUGGACUCGGAGAUCAUGGCUGAGGAUGAUGCUCUCUGGCCGCCACCGGAUCGUGUUGGGAGACAGGAGCUGGAAAUUGUCAUUGGCGAUGAGCACAUCUCCUUCACCACUUCCAAAACCGGAUCUUUGGUGGAUGUCAAUCAAUCAAAGGAUCCAGAAGGCCUGCGUGGCUUCUACUACCUCGUUCAGGAUCUCAAAUGCCUGGUGUUCUCCCUCAUUGGACUGCACUUCAAGAUUAAGCCAAUAUAAAUUAUAGCCAGACGUCUGAAAAUGAAUAAAGAUCAAAGAGGUAACUUUUUCAAAUGAA